UUUAGGCAUUAUUUGGUAUUGCAUGGUAGGUUUUUUAUCGUCAAAUAGAUUCCAAGGUGCAAAUUAUUUUUAAGGGUAAAUGCAAUUAAAGUAUCAUUCCAUGGGCUGUAAACACCAAAAUUUUGGGUCAGUCAGUAAAUUAAUUAAAAUAACUUUCAUAAAAAUAUGUGUUCAAAGCCCAUAAAAUAAGCAGUUGAUUCUUGGGCUUAAUUUUCCUUAGAAUUCAUUGCCAUUAUUUUUCUUUACAAUGCUAAGAAAUUUUUUAUCUCAAAUUAUUUUGUAAAGUAAGUAAAACAACCAAUAGUUGCAUUUGCCAAAUAAUGAUCCAACUUUGUUUGAUCAUAAUUUUAUAUUAAAAUCUUAAAAUGUAUAUUUUCAGGCUAAAAAAAGCAGAAACAACAUUGUAUGAUAUGAAUUAUCCGUACAAGAAAAAGAGAUUUAUAUACAAUGCUAUUGUUCCGAAAAAGAAGGAAUCUGUAUCGAGUGUACCACAACCAGACUUUCCUGAUGAUUUUAACACUUUCACCUCUCAACCGAAUAAAAAGAUAAAACUGACUGAAAACAACGAGGAGGUCGUGAAAAAACAAAAUAAAAAUGAUGAUUUUCUUUUUGAAUUGAUGGACGAUGACUUUGACUUUACUCAAGCAGCAGAUGAAAUUGACCAAAUAGAAAUAGCAGCAUCUCAACAAGUAAAGAAAAAUGGGUUUACGAAGGCACAGCCUAUUCUCAUUGAUGGUCCAAAGGUGAAUAAAGUGAGGCAGUAUAAUCCAUUUUCUGAUAGUCAAACUGCAAACUCUACAUUGUCCCUUAAAAUUCCUAAACGAAAACCCAUCCUUCCUUCAAAUUCAUCAUCCGAAAAUUUAAAUAAUUUGUCUUUGCAGCCAAAUAAGAAUGGGAUUACAUUUUCCACAAAAUCAAGAACUGAAAAAGACGUGACCCCCACUAAAGAAUUUUCCUUGGGCAACAAAAAUGUUCAUACACUGCAGCAGAGAAAGCUAUUGGAAGCACAAGACCAAGUAAAAGAAUAUAAAAACAAACUAGCUGAAACUGAACGAAAAUUUCACUCAAAAGAUGGGGAAAUAAAAAUUCUACGUGAUUCAAUGAGAAAGUUAACUGAGGAGGAGAGAAAGCAUAGAGAAAUGAUUAACAGACUUGAGAACGAUCUAAAAACACAGCAGACUGAGAAGGAAAAAAACCUUUUUCGUGAAGUUGAUAGACUUAAAACACAACUUGAGUUUAAGGAACGAGAAAUCCAAAAUGCAUUAGAGAAACAAAAAAAAACUGUUCAUCUCAAACAAUCUCCAAAAAGAACACCCAACAAUAAAAACUCUUUGGGCAGUGGUUUUCACAAAGAUUUACCAUCCAAAGAAAUAAAAACAGAACCCAAUAUUUCCAGACUUGCUAGGCCAAAAGCCCAGAAGAUUAAAAAAUGUAAACUAUUAAGGAAACGAAUAGAUUCUAAUUAUAAAAUGUCCACGUGGAGUAACGAAAUUAUUAAACAUGCUGAAAGUAAAAUUGUAAAAACUGAAGGUAUAGACUUUACUUGCUCGCAUUCUGCCCCAUGUUAUGAAACACAGGACUUUGACUUCUAUAGAUCUUUGCAGCAGUCCUUAGACAUAAUUGAAAACGAUAUCUACUUUAUUGGUGAUUUUGUUAGCAAAGUAAACAAACACAUCAAUGAUAUGCAAUGUUUGCUUUUAAAAUGGAAAUCAGGGAGUUUACAGUCAAAUAAAAUUAAUCAAAUUGAGGAUGAUAAGAGUCACAAUUCUUGUUUAUUUUGUGAGCAAUCUUAUGAACAUGGUUUAAAAGCUUUGAUGAUUUUACACGAAGUUUGUUGUUUAUCUGCAGCAGUUCGAAAACAUCUGCUUUAUGGUUUGGAGUUUUUACAAGAACAGGGAAGAAACUCUGAACACCAUCAAAAGAACAUGAAGAAAAUUGAAAUAGACAAAAAGGAAUACUUUUAUAAAUACACCUCUGGCAGCACUAUUCUAACAGAGGACUUCCACAAUUUAUCUGUGAAAUCUGACAAAAAUCAUCAACACAAUAAUUUAGAAAGUGCAAUACAAUUAUGGAAGUUGGUGGAUCAGUUUAAACAGUUUAGAAUAUCCCAACUUGACGAACAAUUAUUUUUGUUUUAUGCAUCAUUAUUUUCAUGUCCAAUGGAGCCUGCAUGUGAAUGUCUUCUAAAACAGUUAAAAACAGAUCAAAUAGCUUCCUAUUAUCUUUCCACAACAACUCUUGAUCGCAUCCAUGACGUACUACAUUUGCUGCAAAAUUGUGUUGAAUUUGAUGAUGUCAGUGGAUUGAUUUGUACUUGUACGGAGCAUUGUCCACUUUUGGUGAUAUACAACACAAUUAUCAAUAUGGAGAUAGGAACGUGCACGAAACUAUUGGCAGUGUUUCGAGAACUGGUGUGUUUUUUAUCAUCCUUCAUCGCUUCAAAACAAGCAACAGCGCUACAUUUGCUAUUGGAAAAUGAAUGUCAGUGUUCAAACGAAAUUAUAGAAUGCAUGAUCACUAUUUUAUUUGACGAAUUUAAAUUUCUUCAACAGAAGAUUUUUCUAACAGUGGAAACAGAAACGCCUCAGCAAACGAAAGAGCGAUUGUCAACGUUUCGACAAGCCAUGUCGUUGUUGUGUAUAUUAUGUUCCAAUGAUAAAGCUUUGGUUGAAAAGCGAUCUGCGGUGGAGUGCAAUUAUAUCCAUCUUCUUGUUGGUUCGAUAAAGAUGUAUCGAAAAAUACCAUCAGUCAACGAAAGCGAAGUGCUGGCUUUGGAAGAUUUACUCGAUAUGGACCAAUACAUUGAAUUAGACGGAGAAAACGUGGAAGUAAAAGACGUUUCCAUGGAAACAAAUCAAAGUUGAAGGCUUGAACAAACAAAGGUUUAAGAAACCACUUAAAUCUAAAGAUACAUGUAUUUAUUGCUCGUUUGUUAUCUUCAGCUGAUGAUAUAAACUACAGACCUAUUGUACAAUGUUGUUAAUCUUAUUAUUUUUGUUAUUUAUAUUUGUGUAUAUGUAAAGAAAUAUGACAUGUAGAUAGAAAUAAAUAAAAAAUAGUA